GUACCGAAUUUUAAAAAGUAGCAGUAUACAUAUUACGGACGUAUAAGGGAACGUCUGUGUAAUAUAGAUGUAGUUUUGAGUGAACGAAGCCAUCUCGACUGCUGCUCCCCAUUCUCCAAGGCGAUAUUUCAAUAUGGUGGUGGUGAUCAGUUAAGUGAUGGACUUGAGGUGAUCAAAAGCCACCGGAGGCUAAAGACAGGGAAUCAUGUGCGAUGUGUGCGCAGACUUUCACGAUCUUCUUCUGUCUUACGAAGAACGAGCCUCUAAGGAACAAGAUGAUCUGGCCAGCCUGUGCAUGGCCGAUGUGGACACGAUCCUACAAUACGUCAACCAGUGGGUACAAAGACAAUGUAUGUGCUGUUAUCGGGAUAUCAAGAACUUUGAGCGAUUUACAAGAUUAACACAAAGUGUAGUUCUUUGUACAUUGCAACAACUGCAGGCCAUUCAGGAGGAGGAUAAAGAUGGGGAUAAAAAGGAAAAUGAGGCUGAAGAUAAAAAUGCGGAUGAGAAACACAAUGAAAGGCAUAGAGCAGCAAAGACCAUGGCAAAUUCUGACGUUGGCACCGAAGACACCGAAGCUGCCGCAGCUGUUGCUACGAACCUCGAGUCAAAGAGAAAAUAUUCCUGGUCACAGCAGGAUAGGGAAAAAUUACUUCACCUUCUUUCUAAAAUAUUUUUAUUAAACUUUCCCCUCUACAUAGCAAUGAAACAUGGCGGUGCUAAUAAUUCGCUUGCACCGGUCAAGGACGAAGGUGGCUACUGCGAACCACACGACCCGGAAGUACCUGCACCCUUGAUAAGAGCUGUUUCUGUGUUCUGUCAUCAAGGGGGGUUCAACAUAAUGUCCGGUUGUUUCGAGAUGGAAAAUGCUCUGUCCGUUGGAUUGGCACACUCAAUGGUAGCAGUAAUCUGCAACCUCAAACUUUGGUUAAAUUAUGGCAGUGUAAUUCAGCUGUUUGUGCCUUUGCGGAGACGCGUUAUGAGAUAUAUGUGCUGCUUAGGGGACAAGGAAUUACGCACGCCAGCCGUCAGGACAAUGGCAGAUUUCAUGUGGAGUGCUGUGAAAGAUCCGAUAGACGCCGUUCUCCCAACUUUUGAUAAGGAUGGACUUGAUUUAGCCUUUAAAUAUUUUACUAGUACUACUUUAACCAUGAGGUUAGCAGGUGUGGCUCAAAUAAACGCACACAUUACAGCGUUUAACGAACUCUGCAACAGUGAAACUGUAGCCGAGGUCGAACAGGUGGGUCAUGCCCUCGCAGCUUGGCUCACGGAAAAUAAUAUAAUUGCUCAUAUAUUUGGCCCCAAUUUGCAUGUCGAAGUCAUCAAGCAAAGUCACAUAGUGCUAAGCUUCCUUGCAAUGGAGGGUAGAAUAUCUCCUUUGGAUAUGGAUACAAUGUGGCAGGCCGCACAAUUGAAACAUUGCGGAAGGCCUGUAUAUGAUCUGCUGGCUCCGCUGGUUAAGCAUUUAGCCUCAACACCGGUUCUUCACUUAUACUCCCUUCUCGGUAAACUCGAGCCCAAAGACCACACUGAGCAGAGCCUGUUUCUCGCCUCAGCUUUGAUAAAAUUUAUCUGGGCCUCCGGAGGUUCCGGAUAUCCGGGAGGGCUCGCUAUGAAAAGUAGAGGCAUUUUGGUCAGUUCGCGCGGAAUCGGUGGAAGUAGUAGCAGUGAUCCAAGUGGUUUGGAAGGUAGCAGCCCUGACGAGGAAGAAGAGGAACCUAGUCCUGCUCCAUCCGAUGGCCCGUCACCUCGAAAACAAGCUAGAGGAGACAGCAGUGAUUGCGAAGCAAGCUUCAAGUUGGAGAGCUUGGAAGCAAUUCCAAUUGUUUCGAGUAUGACGGAUGCGGAAGAGGUAGCAGAGAGUAGAGACGGCAGUCACCCGAGUGUACUAAAAAAAAUCAGCGAGAUGCGCGAUUCCGGUUUCAUUACGGAUCAGGCAUCGGAAUUAAAGGACAAACUUAGUGGAUCAGACGCAGAAGCUGAUACAGAAAAAUCAAAUACAGAGGAUUUACCAGUCCAUGAAAAAAAGCGCAGAAAAAUAUUACGGAAGAGAAAAAAGCCACUGAGAUGUCUCGCCUCUGACUCGAUCAAAGUACCUACCGAUAAUGCACCCGCUGCUGGUGAAAAAAAAACUAAAGAAAACGAAUGCUUAUCUGACUGUGAGGUGACAAAAAAAGAUGACUGUGUUCUAAAAAAUAGUCCAGAUCCUGUCCAGAUCCAUCACGAUUCAAAGCCUUCCAGCCUAGUCGACGCCUUGGAUCAAGUAAAACAACAAGCAAUGGCAAUGGAGCCAAACGAUCAACAGGUACCUACAACUGCUGCUCUUCUAAGAAGAGCUAACAAAAGUAGAUACCUUUCUCUGGUGGGUCGCGCGCACAGCACCGACAGGAGACCAGAUUCAGCAGACACAUCGCACGACGAGGAUGACAGCGACGUAGCUGGAGCUGUUGCUACCGCUGUGGAGGAUACCGGUGCAGUUAUGUCCGAAUUAGCCGGUCUCGUGCACUCCAGCGGACCGCCUUUUCUCACAUCUACACUCGACGAAAUGCUUUCCGACGAAGAGGGCUCGUACAGUAGCAGGAUAUCUAAUAAAAGUGAGAAGAAUAUGGCUGAUUUUGAUGGGGAGGAAAGUGGUUGCGAAGAAGAACUUGCACAACUUGCAGCCAGACAUUUAACCGCGAUACAAAUGCAAGCCUAUCACCAGGAGCAUCACCAUCCUACUAUGACGAUAAGGAGAUCCGUGUGUCGGGCACCACAGGUCCGAACUGGCAGACAAACUGUGUCUAGACUCAGUUCGCAGUUCAAUUUAGAGACUGUUUGUAAGCCUGGUAAUACUUUGCUGUGGGACAUACUGCAGGACGACAAAAUAGGUAGCCUCGGCGAGGGUCUGGCUCUCGAGGCUGAAAAGGCGCUGUGCAAUCUCCUCUGUUUCAACGUCGAUAGGCUUAUUCCCAUGAAGUUUAUCGAGGGGUGUCUCGAGAACCUGGCAUCUAACAGAUCCGUCGUUGUUUCCUUGCGAUUACUUCCCAAGCUCCUGGCUAGUUUUCAGCAAUUCGGAGCUAUGGAUGCGCACACGAUUACAACGUGGGCAGAUCGCGAAAGAGGGAUGAUGCGACACUUUUUCAACAACUUGAAAACUUACGCAAGUAACGGUCCUAAAACUAAUCUGUACUCUCACCAAAUCGAGAUACAAGUUAGACUGCAAUUUUUAUCAUCGAUAUUCUCUCCGCUGGGCUCUCCAGACUCGUUCAGACUCAGUCUGGAACAAGUCGAUAUACUUUGGCAAUGCUUAUCCCAGGAUCCCACUUGCUCGGAUGAACUUUUUAGCUGGCUGCUCAGUCAAGCGAAAUCGACGGAACAACAUGCUCUCGGAAUGGACACUCUGAAGCAUCUUUGUAUGCGGAAACUACCUAGUCUUCCACCUGAGACAUUGAGCAUGACCGGUUUGAGCCUUUUUCAACAACUUUGCAACCUUGCCAGACUGGCUGCGGCACACUUGGACCGUCCGUUGAGAGACGUAGACACUGUGGGAAUGGACUUUCUCUGGAGAAUAGCUCUACGAGCUAAGAGUACAGACGUGAGCAUGGCUGCUAUACAGUACUUAAAUGGCUACUAUAUGUCUCGGCAGCUCACUCAGGAAGCGGAAUUCGUAUCUCAAUGCAUGACGCAUUUGGCUGCAGCAAGCGCUGACCUAGAAACUAGCGAAGAGGCGAGUCUAAGAUGCAUACAGAGAGCUCUUCUCCUACUCAGAACGCAUCUAGAAGCUUUUAGAAAGCGUUACGCGUACCACCUCCGCAGAUGGGCUCUGGAAGGACGUGGAGCAGGCAGUCACGUUGCAAUGAAUACUUCGGACAAAGGACAACAGCUAAGAAUAUUUGUCCAACCCGCUGGGAUACCUGACAAAACAAGUUUCACACUUUUAAGCACAGAUUUCGUCGCAGAUCUCAGGGCGGAAGUGGCCAAAUGGUGGGAUGAUACCCAAAACUGUGAAGAGAAAAAUUCUCCGAUUUCAGUCACCUCGAAUAGUAAUGGCAGCUCAUCUGUCCUUGGUUCCUUACUCACAGAUGGGCCGAUAAGGAUGAUUACUCAAGGGCAGGAACUAACCAUAGAUUUCGAUGAGAAAACGCUGCAAGAAAUGGGAUUCAAAGAUGGGCAGCUUGUCUUCAUUUCCUUAGGUGCUGGGCGUGGAAACGGUAGCGGUAGAUGCGGAAAACGGGACAUUGAUUCACCAUCUCUGCUUCCCCCGCCGCCAAGGGAGUCUCUACCCACCCUGCUGCUUCUUCGGCCCCAAUAUUUUGAGCAGCUUUUUACACUAAUGAGAACUCUGAGUGCCAUGAAAACUACAGUUAAAGGCGGGCAAGUAAUACCGCAUACAAAAGCACAGGUUCUCUCUAGGAGAGUUUGGGAUACUCUGACUCUACUUCCUACCAGUCCGACCCUCCUUCGGGGAUUUCAAAAACUCGGAGAAGCUUCUUUACCUGAACUACUAGAUCCGGCGAGUCCCCAAAAGCUCAUGUAUUCACUUUACAUCGUAGAAUCGCUGAGUAGAAGGAAUACAUCCAAUCAGCCAACACUGACAAGCGCAGCAACUGUCACUCCGAUUCACGAGGGUGGCGGCGAUACGGAAGAUAACCAGGAAGAGAAAGACAAGGACGUUACCUGGGCAACGGCUUUUGUACAGCACGGGGGACUGAGGCAUCUCUUUGAUAUAUUCAUGUCAGGCUGUCUGGAGCGAGGAGAUGGCAGCGAAUGGCAACAGGACUGCUUAGCGAGCCUUCUGAAGCAGAUUUGUCACCUUGGAGUGGUUAAAGAGGAGAGAAAACGUACAAAAGCUGAUAAAUUGCUCGUCCCACGUCUCAGUGAGGCAAUGCUAGGUAUGAUGGAUGUGGAAACAGUUAUGCCCAGAAUGACUAGUAUUCUACACGAGGCAUCGUUGCCUAGGGAUCCGAACCAUUAUAAAACAGGACUGUUUGGAUGGGCGCAAGUAAUACAUUACACAACAGCCCUACUCGUUUGCUGGGUACACAGCGAUCCUGUGGCUAGACAGUCGCUGUUCUCAUCUUCUGAACCCUUUGGAAAAUCCUGGCUAAGACGCCUCGUUCUCGAAGAUCCAGAGCCUGCGGUUAGAAGGGAAGUUUGUACAGCUCUUUAUAGACUCUGUUUGGGCAGUACCGGAUCUGAUGACGGAGGGAUAGACACUUCCAGUCUGAUAGGACCGAUGCUCACGACUCUUCUGGAGCAUCUCGUUGUUGCCGAGGCUAUGAGACCUUCGCAUCAAAAACCAGAUCUACCGCUGCACUUACAUCCUGCAUUAGAUGAUGGAAAAGAGCCGUACGGUCCAGCAUGCAGAGACUAUUUCUGGCUCGUUUGCCGCCUGGUCGAUUCUUUGCCCGAAGAAAUUAUAAAUGAAAAUUUGGAACAGUCGUGCGUUUCUACAAUUGACAUCGAGGCAUUGGCUGUAAGAGUUAUAGACUCGAUUUUGACCAGGGAGCAUCUCGAGACCAGGCAUAAUACCAUAGAGGAUGACGGGCUGGUUGGUCUAUUGAAUUUAGCUUGCAAUGUAAUGAUCCACAAUCCUCCUUGCAAGCAGGGAAAACUGGGACAAAAAUUACUCAACGAAGUGUUUGACUUUUUAUUCGCACUUCCUAAUCCAAGAACAAAGCAUGUGCCGAAAUGCAAGAGUCAGGUUUCUAGAUCUGCUGCCUUUGACCUUCUAGUUGAAUUAGUCAAAUCUGCUCCAGGUAACUACAGGAUUCUCCAUGAAAAACUUCUUAGUCAGCACAGGCCUGGGCCACAUUCUCCGUAUCCUUGGGACUAUUGGCCACACGAAGAUGGGAGAUCCGACUGUGGCUAUGUGGGCCUUACGAAUCUUGGAGCUACUUGUUAUAUGGCCAGCUGUAUGCAGCAUCUGUACAUGAUGCCUCAGGCACGCAUAUCUAUUUUAGGGGCUGAUUGCGCAGAAGCUAACAAACAUCAGCUUACUCUACGAGAACUUCAGAGAAUGUUUGCUUAUCUACAAGAAUCAGAAAGAAAGGCCUACAAUCCACGAAGUUUUUGCAGGGUUUAUACCAUGGAUCACGCACCUCUUAAUACGGGUGAGCAGAAAGAUAUGGCAGAAUUUUUCAUAGACCUUGUAUCGAAGCUCGAAGAAAUGACUCUGGAUCUGAAGAAUCUUGUGAAAACACUUUUUUGUGGAGUUAUAUCUAACAAUGUCGUGUCCCUGGAUUGCGAUCACGUUAGUAGGACUUUGGAAGAAUUUUAUACGGUCAGGUGUCAAGUCGCUGAUAUGAGAAACCUUUACGAAAGCCUGGAUGAAGUCACGGUAAAAGACACAUUGGAGGGUGAUAAUAUGUAUACGUGUUCUCAGUGCGGUAAAAAGGUCAGAGCUGAAAAAAGAGCCUGCUUCAAAAAACUACCGCACAUACUGUGCUUUAAUACAAUGCGGUAUACUUUUAACAUGGUCACCAUGCUCAAGGAAAAAGUGAACACCCAUUUCAGCUUCCCCCUAAGACUCGAUAUGUCAGGGUAUGUAGAAAAGAAACUGAUGCCGCAACAUUAUCAGGAAGAAAAAGUUGCCUCGGAGAAAAGAAAAUUGGAGUGCGAAGGAGGCUCGCGUAAUGUGGAAGAAAAAGAGAAAAUAAAAGAGCCCAUGGAGCAUCAUCAUUACGACCUGAUCGGUGUUACCGUACAUACCGGGACAGCAGAUGGGGGUCACUAUUACAGUUUUAUCAGAGAUCGCACAUCGCCGAAUAAAAAUAAGUGGUUUUUGUUUAAUGAUGCCGAAGUCAAACCGUUUGAUCCUAACCAGAUAGCAGCUGAAUGUUUUGGUGGGGAAAUGACCAGCAAGACUUAUGAUUCGGUAACUGAUAAAUUCAUGGACUUUAGUUUUGAGAAAACAAACUCCGCUUAUAUGUUAUUUUACGAAUGGUGCGCAGACCCAGCGGAUCAACACAAGGAAGAUGAAGCUACCGUGUCUAGUUUAAUGGGUACUCCACAAUCCUUGCAACCGCAGCACGAGUUGAAUAAGCCCCCACCUUUAGAGUUGAACAAGGAAUUAGAGGAGUGGAUAUGGCAGGAUAAUAUGCAUUUUUUGCAAGACAAGAACAUAUUUGAACAUACAUACUUUAGUUUCAUGUGGCAGAUAUGUGGAUACAUUCCGCAAACCUUGCUCUCUAUGCAGCCCGACAUAACAGAGAUGUCGGCUGAGCUGACAACUUCUUUUUUCAUGGAGACCUUUAUCCACGCUAAAGAAAAACCCACCAUGGUUCAGUGGGUCGAACUCUUAACUAAACAGUUCAAUGGAUCGGUUGGAGCCUGUGCCAGAUUUCUAGAAAGAAUGGCAGGAGAUUCUUGGUGGCCGAUACAGAUCUUGGUGAAAUGUCCCAAUCAAAUGGUGCGCCAAAUGUUUCAGAGGCUUUGCAUCCAUGUUAUUCAGCGAUUGAGAGCUACACAGGCCCCUCUAUAUUUGGCUUGCGAUCCUGAGAGCGACAUGAGCACAGUUGGUACUCGAUCAUGUGUGACGAGAUUCGUGAGAAUGCUCCUCUCUUUGAUGGAACAUGCUAAACAACACCUUAAGCAUCUUACCGAGUACUUCAGCUUUUUAUACGAGUUCAGUAAAAUGGGAGAAGAAGAGACUUUAUUUUUAAUCCAAGUUCAAGCUAUCUCAACUAUGGUGAAUUUCUACCUCGGACAUAAAACCCACGAGUUCGUCGACACUGUAAGCGAGGAAGAGGAAGAGGAAGAAGUUGUCGCUGUACCCACGGACAAAUUGAGACCCGCUUCUUUGGAUAAGAUGAUCACACUGAUCGCAGCUUUGGUCGAAAGAAGUAGAGGAAGCGAUCACAGGCUUACUCUUUCACCAGCAGACCUGAACGCUGUUGCCGGAGGAAAAGGUUUUCCGUUUUUAUAUCAACAGAUCCGAGACGUCAUAAAUCUGAAUCAGACACGUAAUUUAAUACAGUCAUUGUGCCGAUGGAACGAUAGACUCGCCGUGCACAUAGUCACGAUGAUAUUCCAGGCUAUAACAAAGCACACCGACGUUUGCCAGCCAUUCUUCAAACUGCUAACAUUUCUUACGGAAGGGUCAGGUCCUAGCGGUUUGCCCUGUAUGACGCAGCUUGUACUAGGUAGAGUUUGGGAAGCUGCCAGAGUCGCGCCACAUGGAGCACUCGAAUGGCUCGCCCUUGCCGUCGCCAGAAGUAAAUUGGCCCAUGCUUGGGUGUUACAGGGUCUCGAUACCUGGCUCCAGCAUUUUCUUUUAGAACACUCUAAUCAGAGAGUCAGAUCUGCAGCAGCAUUUCUGCUGGUGUCUCUGGUUCCAUCGACACAUUUCAGACAAGGAUAUAGAAAUGCCCAUAGACUUGGUUUGGGAUGUAACUCUGCAAGGGAGUUACAGCUAUCUCCGGAAGCUACACUUAUUCUCCACCAAGUCUACACCGCCCUUUUGAGACUGCUACAAUCUGCUAGGCAUUAUAUCGAUAUACAAACACAUGGGACUAUGAAACUUACCGCUUACUUUGCACUACUUACUUACUGCGUCGUUUCAAAGACUGAAAAAUUGAUGUUCGGGCAAUACUUGAAUGAUUUAUGGACGUUAUUUCAUCCCAAAUUAUCCGAGCCAAGUAUUCCCGUUCAUCAUAACAAGCAAGCCGUAUUAUUAUUUUGGUAUCACGUGUGUUCCGACUGUCCGGAGAACGUUGCAAUGAUAUUGCACAAUCCGCACAUCACAAAGAACAUUGCAUUUAAUUACAUAUUAGCUGAUCACGAAGACCAAGAUGUUGUAUUAUUCAACCGUGUGAUGCUCCCAGCUUACUACGGUCUGCUCAGACUUUGCUGUCAACAGUCCAGAGCCUUCACACGGCAGUUGGCCGCUCAUCAAAAUAUUCAGUGGGCAUUCAAAAAUAUUACUCCACAUCCAACUCAAUAUUCCACGGCUGUCGAUGAGUUGUUCAAACUCAUGCAGCUUUUGGUAGCCAGGCACCCUGAUCAAACCGAGCAAGAGGAAGCUGAAAUUGCAUCGUUCAGGAGGGGCACUCUUUCCUCAUACUUACAAGGCUUGGACGGACGCUCUUGCUGGGCUACACUGAUCUCGGCAUUCAGAAUCUUGAUCGAGUCCGACGAUGACCGUCUUUACGUCGUUUAUAACGGGGGUCUCAGCAUGGCCUUGGAAGCUUUUCACAUGUUGCACAUAAUGUAUCACGAAGCAACAGCGUGUCACGUUGCCGGAGACUUGGCUGAAUUGAUAGCGAUUAUCGUAGAGUUGAUCCGUUGUGUGAGGACAGCUCGCGAUGGUCCAGACGCUAGGAAUAUCCUAGCUAAUAGUAAAGAAUGGCCCGAUGUUUUACGAAAACUUGCAACCCUUUUAAACACUUACAAUCCACCCGAUAUGCGCACCCUUGCGAUAGACCUACUCAAAGAACUUGUUAUGCUCGUACCUGCCGAGGCGAUAUCAAUCUUGGCUCCUCUUCUCUCUCAUUGCCACGCAGCUCUUCAAGAGUCCCAUGCUGCCGUCCCGCCCGGACCUUACUUACCGCGAAGGUCUAAUCCUCCUGGUAAAAUGGCUUCUAGACCAGCUCGUCCUAUGGUACAGAUGGCCGUGCCACAUUCGCAACUGGAGGCAUCCAAAGGAGUAGAUCUUGAAUACGACGGCGCGUUGUUAGAGUUUUAUCUACCCUAUCACGAAUUAAUCGAUGUCAUGUGCAGAUUGGCCAUCAACAACGACUGUAUGACGGACACACUGGUCAAUUUAAGUGCGAUGCUUGGAUUUGAAGGCGUUCCCCUACACUUGGCACUUUUCCCUCGAUUAUGGCUCGAUGUUCACGCUGCGCCGCACAUAGACAGAAAGCACAUAGCUGCCCUUUUGUGUUCUUCGUAUACCGUGGAUUACGUAGAUGCGGUUCUUCUCGAUGAAAGAUCUUCUCUCGGUGUGCCGGCUAUACACGCUUUCCUCAAGACGUUUUUUCCAAAAUUAGCCAGCCACGUUAUGACCGAACAAACUUGCUCACUAAUCGACAAUCUUGUUAGCUCCCUCACCGCUAUGGUCGAGGCUGUCGAUGUCCAGGUCGCUGCGCACAGAUUAACGGGCGAUCUCAGGGCUCUGGCUCUCGUUUACAGUAGCGGUACAAGACUGAAGCCUCCAAGUGGAUUACAGCCGGCUCUUGAUACACUUUUGGCCAGAACAAGGGCAGCCAAAGCGAAAGAGUCGAGUCAAAAAGAGCUGGAGGCUCCGUCCAAAAAGCGAAAGUUAAGCUCAAGCGAAGAAGAAGAAGAUCAAGAUGAAAAGUCUACGCUAUCUUUGGAAGAGGAAACAAAAGACAAGAAACCAGGUUUCAUACUUGCCACAAAGGAUACAACGAGAUGCGACGAUGAAGAUCUUAGUAAAGUUUCAGAAACUGACGAGGAUAACAGAAACGAGGGAAUGGUCAAAUCAAAGACUACAGCCACUAAUAUUACGACCGUAUCCUCCGCUGCUGUUAGUGGCAUCACCACAAUGACGAAUACCAUGACUAGCAGCAGUUGUACCAGUCAGUUACGGUGUUCAUUGACAAAUGUUUCUUGGCUGGAAAUGCUUGAGAAAACUAUAGUCGAUCUGCAAAUGAUCGUUCAAUUGCAAAUUAAGAACAAUUAAAGACUGGAUUCUUUAGACACGAUGUUUCCCAUGUUGCAUGUCUGCAUAUAUUUCGGGAUUCAUUUCAUAGGCUUGUUCAUUUGUAUAGUUACUUACAUACACUACACUUACUUAAUACCUACCUACUUGCCUAACUACUUUUUAUCAUUGGAAUAUUAAUUAUUUUGUUCAAAAUAUAAGCCGUGAUUAUCUUACACUAUA